UUAUAUAUAGAGUGAAGGCGUUGUUAGGUAGGAUAUGAGCAUGGCGUCCUGUAGGGUGAAGAAGGUGCGGGAGGAACUCGUAGUACCAUUCGAGCCCACGCCGUGCGCCACGCUCCCUCUCUCUUCCAUCGACCACGCCCUGGGGUUGGCCUUUAUGGUAGAGAUGAUCUCCGUGUAUCCAUACAAUAACCGUGAGCCCCGUCGUCGUGCCGUGAUAUUACCGGCGGCGAAGGUCAUCCGGGAAGCCUUGGCGAAGGCUCUUGUCCCGUACUACCCCGUAGCAGGCCGCCUUGUCUACUCCGACGGCGGCCAUGUGGAGGUGACCUGCAACGGCGAGGGCGUAUGGUUUGUGGAGGCGGCAGUAACAAAUGACAGCCUGGGCAACAUGAACGAAUGGGAGUCGAUCCCUGACAGCAUCGUCAAAGAGGAGUUGCUUCCGAGUAGUCCCGCUUACAUGAAGCAAGAGGAGAUGAUACUGAUGAUGCAGGUGACUCAUUUUCAGUGUGGUGGAUUUAUUGUCGGAUUCAAAUUCAAUCACUUGGUGUUCGAUGGCCUCGGUUUUGGACAAUUCUUAAAAGCUAUCGGUGAGAUUGCUUGCGGCCAAACUCAUCCCUCUGUCAAUCCGAUCUGGCAUAGAGAGGUCUUCUCAGUCCCUCCAAUGCUCUCGAAGUCAGAUUCAUCAUUUAUCACAACUAAGUUUGGCAUUGUGAAUUCCACAUAUGAUUUCUCAAUUCAAACAAUUAGAAGACUGAAGGAACAAAUCGCAAAAGAGACAUCCAAUAUUCAAUUCACCACCUUUGAAAUCGUGACUGCAAUUAUAUGGAAAUGUCGAACACAAGCAAUCGAUGUCAUAGGAGAUGUUUCUCUUGGCUUUGUAGCUGACGUUCGUCAUUUAUUAGAUCGGUUGCCAGAGGCGCGGGGCUACUAUGGAAAUUGCAUCUAUUUAUUAACAGUCACAGCAACUAGUGAGCAAAUCAUGAAGGCAUCACUUGCAGAAUUGGUGAGGUUGAUUAGAGAUGCUAAAGAAAGUUUACCCACAAAGUUUAAGGAAUGGGCUUCAGGCAACUUCAAGGAAGAUCCAAAUAAGAUGUCAAUUAGCUACAAUACUUUGAUUUUAUCAGACUGGAGAUGUAUAGAGUUUUAUGAAACUAACUAUGGAUGGGGAAGACCCCAUUCUAUUUGGCCUAUAAUACAUGACUCUCCCUUUGCUAGCGGCAUCAUUCUAAAGCAGCCUUUGCCUAAGGACGGUGUGCGUUUUGAAGGACCAUCAGUCAUGAAGGAGCAUGAGCAAAGAUUUAUGAAUGAGAUUAAUAAAUGCAUAAACUUUAGCUAAUGUUAUGUUGGAAAUUAUCUCAUAAUUAUGGACAAAUAAUGAUUUACCACUGAGUAGUGGAUCACCCUACCAAAGAUUGUUGCAACUGGUUUUACUUUGAAUAAUGUAAUAAAAUGACUAUCAUAUACAUAUUUGCAUUCUA